AUGACUGCAGAGCGAGAACGACGAUGGUGGACAGAGGAGGAAGACGAUGUCCUCCGAGCUCGUGUACAACUCCAAGAAGCAGACAACGGUCAAGCCUUUAGAUGGAAUGAAGUUGCAGUUCUAUUGCCAGGACGUACUAACAAGGAUUGCCGGAAGCGAUGGAGCAAAGUACAAGCCGGUAUCAACAAAGGGGCGUGGACGCGGGUUGAAGACGAGAAGCUGCAAAAGGCAGUCGAAAAUCAAGGCGCAAAAUGGGCAUUAGUAUCAAAGAGUGUGCGGACGCGAAACGCAGACCAAUGUGCUAAACGGUGGCAGCACGUCCUUGGUCCUGGGUGUAAACACGGGCCUUGGACGACGGAAGAGGAUCGAAAACUAUUGGACGCCAUCGAAAAACAUGGAAAUAACUGGAAACAGAUAGGGCUUCUGGAGUUUCAUGGUAGAUCCAGCCACGAUAUCAGAAAUCGGAGUGUUGCACUGACACGCCGCGGCAGGAACCGAGAUUCAAGGCAAGAUACGCGUAGCAGCUCAAACGACAUUGAGGAAGCUAUGCAGCAGAGAUCUGGGAGUAACGUCCAAUACGAGAGUGAGUUAGGCUUUAGUGAAGAACACGGAGAAGACGAUGUUUCUGGCAUGAACGUCGAUAGCAAAGUCGAAACGCCACAUCCCUCGAUUGGAGAAAGAGCUGGAACAGAGUUUCCGUCCGGAUCAAGUACCAGAGAUACCCCCCACACUAUCGAAGAUAUCGAGAUUGAUCAGCCCUCAAGUACGAACUCCGUGUGGACAUGGCCAGACUUUACAGCUCAUCCUCUGGUCUUUGAUGAACACCACCUACCCACCACACCAGACACGGUCAAUUCCUCCAACUGUGACCAUACAAUUGACGCAACAAUUUCGACACCAUCAUACCUGCAUUCUGGUUUCGCAACUUCGUCAGUUCUGCCUUUGCAAGAAAUAGAUUCUAGCGCUUUAGAAGACUGCGCAAUGGACACAGCGAAGGCUUUUCGUAAUCACCACGGGACAUUCGAUGAUGCUGGAGGCCAUCUACCGUUCGUGCUGGACUCUCCACAGCAUGGUUUCUUUCCGACCACCGUGCCAGAAAAGAAGGGCCAUGUCACUAUAAGUCUGAAGCAUGUGGAUACAGAAGUUGCGCAGGAUAUAACUUCCAGCAUUUUGAAAUAUAACGACAGCUUGGUGAUACGACUGCAUCUGGAGUGA